GAGCAGAAUGACUGUGUUGAUAACAUGAGAGUGGACAGGAAAGACAGGGCGACGGGUGGUGUGUGUGUAUCAGUAUGUGGGUGAGUGUGUGUACGUGUGUGUGUGUGUGUGUGUGUGUCACACACACAAAAGUAGACGGUCAUAACUCUGCAAUAGAGCGAAGGAGCUAGAAGCUGCCGACAAACACAUUAUGAUGAAACUGUGCGCGGAUUUAAAGGCGUCUGGAUUAAGAAAUCACUUGAUCAUAAACAACAGGACAGAGCCUGGAAAUAAGAAAACUGACAAUCAUGGCAUCUCCACACACUUUGUCAUCACUGGAUAAUGUGUCACAGGAUGGCAACUCCUCUGAUCACUCUGAUCUGUCAGCAAGCUCUUUGGAGUACACAUAUCUGGUUCUGCUCGGUGUUGCGAUGGCCAUUCUCGUUCUGGCCAUAGUUUUUGGAAACGUCCUUGUAAUUUCGGCCAUCAUGCGGUUCCAGCGGCUUCAGACUGUCACCAACCUCUUCAUUGCCUCUCUGGCUGUCGCUGACCUCAUCAUGGGCUUGGUAGUCGUGCCCUUUGGGUCCAGCUAUAUUCUCCUGGAGCGCUGGCAGUUUGGAAACUUCAUGUGUGAGUUCUGGACAGCGGCUGAUGUGCUGUGUGUGACAGCCAGUAUCGAAACACUGUGCGUGAUCGCACUGGAUCGCUACCUUGCCAUCACCAUGCCGCUCCGCUAUCCAAUGCUUCUCACCAGGGGUCGGGCUUUGGCGGUGAUCCUUGGUGUGUGGGCAGUGGCCUCUCUCAUCUCUUUCCUGCCCAUUCACCUGAAGUUGUGGGUGUCACAGGACGAGCCGGCUCAACAGUGCUUGGCCGACAUGUACUGCUGUGACUUCAACACCAACACGGCAUAUGCUGUGUCCUCCUCUAUCGUGUCGUUCUACCUGCCGCUGGUGGUGAUGAUUUUCUUGUACGCCCGGGUCUUCCAGGAGGCCCAGAAACAGUUGGAGAAGAUAAGGGGGAGGAAGAAGCAUUUCUAUAAUUUACAUUAUACGGCACAUCUGGCUUAUCCUGAUGACAGUCCUGCAAUGAAUAAAUUGAGGGCAGGAGCUGGUGUGGGGACGCAAGCAGGAGAGGACAAGCUAAAUAUGCAAAAAACAGAAGGUGUGGACACAACUCAAGAAGAAGUUGGGGGAGAGAACAGAGCAAGGACGGAAAAAGGGGAAGGAAGACACUCUGCCGCCAAACGUCUGAAGUUAUGUUUGAAGGAGCACAAGGCUGUAAAAACUCUGGGGAUUAUCAUGGGAACCUUCACACUGUGUUGGCUGCCCUUCUUUAUCCUCAACAUCCUCAUGACCUGCCUCCACUUGGGUGAUAUUACGCUGCUUUUCAGACUCCUGAACUGGCUAGGUUACUCCAACUCAGCCUUCAACCCGCUCAUCUACUGCCGCAGCCCUGAUUUCAGAUAUGCCUUUCAGGAAAUACUCUGUUUGAGGGCCAAGGGAGGAGGCUGGGGAGGGAGGAGAGGAGGAUGGGUAUGUUGCAGAGAGAGAGAUUGGUACACCAAGAACUCUGGUAGGACAAAUGGGGACCUGAACGGUGUCAAAGAACUGGGCGUGCACCAGAGGUCAGGAUGGGAGGGCAGUGUGGACGGCUCUCUCCGAGACAGCCCGCUCAGUCUGGCCUCCCCUUCUUCUUCAUGUGAGCAGGUUUUAGAAGUAGCUCCAGGUUCUCUGACAAACCAGCAGGCGAACAGUUCUGCUAAUGGAAGCUGUAAGGAACAUCGGGCAUCUAUUGCUUGACCUAAUAGGAUAUAAGAAUUCACACUUAGGAGUUACCAAUGAUUUGAUGAAGCUUAUCAUAAUGUUUUGUAUGAUUGUAAGGCUGUAGCUUUGUUGUCAGUCUGUUAAAUGUGUUUCUGUCAAUGUCCGUGGGUUUUACUUGUGUUUACUGUGUCAUUUUUCUGCUGGAGUUUUCCCAAAUAACACUGUAGAUCACAACUAAAAGGUGUCACAUCGGGAUAAGCAGCGCCCAAAGCUGAGAGCAGUCCCUGAAAACAGCUCAUUACAUUAGUCCAUAUGUUUUUUUGGAGAAACCCCCUAAAUUUUAGGGUCAGCUAUAGUUGACUGCAAUGACAUGAUGAUUGGAAAUCCCAUGAUCUAAGGCCCAGGGCCACUAGCUGGAUGCCCCAAAGAUUACUUUUGGGCCCACUGACAUUCUUGUAAUGACCCUGAUAACAACAACAAAGGCAGCUACACCGUAAACUAUGGUCUGCAGCAUGUGUCUGCUUUAAAACAGGUCUGACUUAAACCUUUAAACAACUGCAGUCACAGAGUGAAGCCAAACAUUUGGAUCUUCAACAGACUUGUGCUUAAACCAGGGCUAUCAUUGAAAGACAUUUGUGUUUCUGUAAAUCCCAUGUUUAUCUUGGGACAACAGACAGGCAACGUUAUAAUGGUUUUAUGAUUUUCUACUGAAAUAAAGGGCAAAUAAAAGAUUUAAGGACACAUGGGCUUUUAAAUGCAUUGCUGUGUGUACGUGAAAGCGUUCAAUAACUGCUGGACAUAUAAAAAAAAAGACAAUAAAAAAACAGCAAUGAAAUAUCUGGCAUGCUGAUGCAUUCCAAAAUGCUUAUUCAAUGAAGUAUGAAGCAAAACCUGUGAAGUUGUAACAAAAACUGCCAAUCAUCAAUGGACAACAUCAGGAGUGUGUUUAUCUUUGCAUUUCUGAAUGUUUAGUAAUGUACUGCUGCUCAUGAACAUCAUUGUCAUGCACAGAUUUUCAUAAUUAUUACAUGAUUAUUACAUUUAAAUCACAGCGAUUGAAGAGAAGCGUGCAAUUAGAAUUGUCUUGCAAAAUGACAAUGGUAAAUGGUUAAAGACCUUUAUAGAUGGCUUUAAUUUAACAUUUAAUGUGCCAUAUGAAUGUUCAUCUGUUUAUAUAGUCGUUGGUGAAGACUAACUGGGGCUGAGACACCACCUUAGUAAACGUCCAAACCAACUGCAGCUUAUGUGUAACCAAAGGGCUGAAUGCACAAGCCUGAAUUUAGCACCACGUGUACAAUGCUAAUGGCUACAAACGUGCAUCCAAACAAAGCGCCCACCAAGCAGAGACGGGCGGGAAAAAAACAUUUUAUUUGUCCUCUGACUAAAAGUCUUAGUUGAAGGAGAGUCGCAUUUCAGGCUCACUCAGACAAUCCAAAACAGGCCAUUCCUUCCUGAUAAACCUCACAUGACGGUCCAAACUCAUUAACUGCUGUGUAUUUAUGUGUCAGAUAAACAUGAAAGACCCAGACAUGUCACUUUCAUAACUGCGCUGUCUCUCCCUCUGUUCUGGUCCUUUCAUCCCAGAACAGAACAGAGCGAUAUGAUGUUUCCCUCCAGAACAUUAUAUCUACAUCUGCUUUAGAUUUUAUUUUUUAUAGGUAUACGUUAUCUGUCAGACAGGGGUGGGGAGAUCAUUUUCAUGUACUGUUUCCAUAACAUGACAUAACACUGUACAAACAUAGCUUCAGAAGGCUCAUGUUUUGAGUGAUUACUUUUUGCAUUAUUGCUAUAUAUACAGAGACUGGACCCACAAAUCCAUAUUCUGCUUUAUCCUCAGGUACAACCAGAACAGGUCACCAGUUCAUCACAGGGCCAACAUGCACAGAUGAUUAACUAUUCAAUUUCACGGUCAAUUUAGAGUGUCCAAUUAAUCUAAUCCCCCAUUUACCCGGAGAGAACCCUCGUGCACAGGGGGAGAGACCGUCUUGCUGUGAGCCAACAAUGUCUCCCACAGACCCCACAGAUGGGUUAUGGGAGACAUUUUUGGCUUCAGGUUUUUCAGGCUUUUACUUAGAAACUAAUUAUUGUUUUGAAUAACACAUGUUUUACCUCAGCCAAGAUAACAUCAGGUGUUAAAGUCUGUAAGUAAAGUUAUAUUAGUGGCAGUAAAAAUAGCCCGGAAUGUUCUAUAUAAUGCACAUAUUUAUAAUGCUCUUCAUAUUUUUCAUUGUUUUUUUGUUUUUUUUAAAGGGUCCCUGUGUAAUAUAAGUUUUGGAAAAACAGAUAUACAUUAUUAUAUACUCUGUAUGUAUAUUUAUAGUGUGUACACAUUUUGGAAAUAUCCUCCCCAUGCAGCCCUGCAUCGACUUGACAUAUAACUAUGUGAAAUGUUAAAAAAAGAAAGAAAGAAAAAUGAAGAUCAAUAACAGGUGACUGUUUACUCUAAAUAUGAUCUGCAUACUGUACGUCUGCCUGUGUGUAUGUUUUGUGCACAUGUGAUUUCAGUAAUGUUAUUAUUGACUGUUUUAAAACUUGAAGCAUGUUGUUGGCUAUUGUAGCUGUUGUCAAGUAUGGACUAUUUUUGGGGUAAAAAAAGCUGAGUUUAAAAUGCUUUUCUGGCGAUUGUCUGAAUUCAGAGGCACUGAUUGUACUGUCCUGUAUAAUAAACCUAAUUUAUCUGGUUCUCCAAAACGUAAAAAAGGAGAUAAA